UUUCUUUUUUUUUUAAAAAAAAAAAGAAAAAAAAAAUCCUUUUCACUUACUUUUUAGUUAAUCCUUUGAAGGAUUAAUAAAAAAAUCUUUUUUGAGCACAUAUAAAAUAUAUAACGUGUAAAAGUGUAAUAAUCAAUGUUUGCGUUCCAGAAAACCAAUCAAACACCAUCGCAAUUAUACAGCGACGAAGAAAGAGCGGAGAUUAAGUCAAUUGCUUCUUUUGAAUCAAAGUAUAGUAACAAAAGGAAUAUUUAUAAUGGUCAUCAAUAUAUAGCUAUAAGUCCAGAUGGUACUCAGAUAGUAACAUUAAAUACCACAACUUAUCAAUUAAAAUUAUGUCAAUCCGAUAAUAUAUCAAAAUUAAAUACUUUGAAUUAUGUUAGUCUUAAAAAUUUUGAUGCUCCUGCUGUAAUUUGGAGUUUAGCCGUAUCUAAUGAAAUUACUUUACCUGAUCGGACAACUGAUGUGUUAAUUGCCGUCUCUUGUUUUGAUGAUGAUGUUAAUAAUGCUGAUUCAACUAUUAAACAUACUUGGGUCAUUUCUUCUGCUAAACAAGUGAGAAUUUCUUCUUCAAUUAAUGAUAUGGGUGGUAUAAUUAAAUUCUUGUAUGAUGAAAGUUCGGUUUCUGAAAAGACAGAUUUGGUUCUUAUAAAUUCUUAUGGAAUUUCAAGAUUUUCUAUUCAUCAUGAUAAAAUCAAUUCUAUGAUAAAUGAAAAUUAUGUUCAUGGUUGGUUUAGUCUCUUCUCUGAUAAAUCCGUCGAAAAUUUUAAUUUACCAAGUAAAUUAUUAAAUAACGAAAUUUCUAGUUUUUCUAUUCAACAAAAUUUAUUAAAAGAUCGUUUUUUAGUAGAAAGUUAUAAAAAUAAAAUACAAACUGUUGAAAUGUAUAAUUUAAGAACAAGUUUAUUGGAAAAUACUUUUCAAAAAUCUGAAGAAAAUGCUGCUUCAUUUUUAGGAAGAGGUUAUUCUUGUUAUGCUAUAUCAAGGAAUGAAUCUUUAUUCGCUUAUUGUCGUGGUGCAAAUAGUAUUACCAUUUAUUUAAUGGAGAAUGUAACUUCUCAAUUCGUUAAUACUCCUACUAUUGUAGUUUGGGAUUUAUUUAGUUGUUCUGAUAAUUGUAUUAGAAGGAUAAAUGAUACUUUUUCGUUAUUUCCUAAAAAAUGUGAACAUCAUCAAAGGUUGGCUAGUUCUUCAGGAAAUCUUAUUACAAUUACGGAUGAUGGGAAAAUCACUUCUUUAUUACAAGAUUCUGAAAUAAUUAAAUUAUUAUAUCCUGAAAUUUAUAAUACAAGAAAUGCUAUUCAACUUAACAAUAAUAUUCAACUUGAUAAAAAGUCCAGUUCUCCCUCAUCAACUGUCGUAACAACUAAUACUACCACGAAUUAUCAUUCAAUUUACGAUUCUUAUGGAAAAUAUUUAGGUUCUAAAUUCGAAAAUAUAAUUAUUAGUAAUCCUGAACCUUGGAUAUUAAAUAAAAAUUAUGAACGUACCUCGGUUUAUCUUGAUGAUAAUAAAUCUAUUCAAUUAUUUAUUGGUGAAUCCACUGUUCAAGUGUGGCGUAAAAGAAAAAGUGGAGCGUCAACUACAAAAGCAUCUUCAUCAUCAUCUACGAAAGUUCUUGAAUAUAUUUGGACAAAUAAUUUUAAUAGACCAAUGCAAAUCCAAUCUUUGGAAGUUAGUCAUAAAGAAUUCUCUUUAACAUUAUAUAUUCCUUCCAUAAAUUCACUUUCCGAACCUGGAGAUACAGUUACACUUGAAUGGCCUGAAAAAGUUAAUCCCCCAGUACAUGCUUGUGAAGCAUUGGAAUUUUUUAAUAAGAAAAAAGGCCAACCUUUAGAUCCAAAAAGGCAAUAUCAAUUUGAUGAAUUGAUUCAACAAACUGAACGUAUCAUUAGAAAAUAUUUAACUAAAAGAUGUGGUUUAUGGAGGAUGUUAGAUAUACGUUAUGAUAUUAUGGCAAAUCUAAUUCGCGGUAAUUGUACAUAUAUUAUUAGAAAUAUUUUAUUUUCCAUAUCUGAUAGAAAAAAUAAUUAUUUACAUAUUCCAAGAUGUAAUUCUUGGGGUGGUCAACUCACGAAAGAUACUGAUCUUGAGAUCUCUAUCGCAUGUACAAAAGGUGGUUAUCGUAAAGAUACGAUUAUAGUUAAAUAUUUAUUAGAUUAUUAUUCUAAUAAUGCUUUAUAUUCUUCAAAUUGGAUGUUUACCGUUGCUAAAGCAAUUCCGAUCCUUUAUGAAUAUAAUUUAGAAUUUUACGUUGAAGAACUAUUUCAACAACGUUGUUUUGGUGCCAGUGAAGUUUACUUGGAUCAAUCUAAAAUUCGUGAUAAAGACAUGGAUAGAAGUAAUCAGAAAGAUGUUCAUGCGUUAAACCGUAAUUUCUUACAAAAAUCAAUCGUUAAAGGAAAACAAAGUGGAGAGAAAAUUAUUUCAGAUUUAGUGAGCAAAACAACUUCUGCCCCUAGUUCUUCACUUAUUAAUCAGGUUUACAUGGUACCUCUUCCCGAUUUUACCGUAUAUCCUGAGAAAUUUGAAGAUAAACGAGUAGAAUAUUGGAAGAUUCCUUUCAAACUUUUAAAAUUAUUAUUUUGGCCACGUGGUCAUGUGCUUAAAAAAAAGCAUCAGAUGAGUCCAUUCUUGAGAAUGAUAAGAGCAGACAACGGCGCAGAAAUUUAUGAUAAUCCAUCAAUGGCCGCAGUAAUUGACUUUAAAUGGAAUGCGGCAAGAAAUCAUUUCUUAAGACAUGCACUUAUAUACGUUGUAUUUGCAUUGCUUUUUGCAAUCUUAAACGGUGCAAUUAAAGGAAUAAAUUUUGAAAGUAAUUUGGGAGUUAAUAUAAUGCUCGUUUUAUUUUAUUGGUUGGGAUUUUAUUUAUUAAAUACUGAAAGAAUUCAAUUGAAAUUUGAGGGAUGGAGAAGAUAUUUUAGCUUUUAUAACUUUUUUGAUUUGUUUUCAGUCAUUUUUCCAUUAGUGAUAAAUAGUUUAGAUAUAUACUUUGGUACUAAAUUCCCAGAUCCAGAUGAAGAACCAGAAAAAUUUCAAGAGCAAUUUGUACAAAUUACAAGAGACUAUCGAUUAUUUAUUAUUUUUAAUUCAUUUGCAGUUUUAGUAAUGUGGUUGGAACUUUUUUUGUUGUUACGAUAUUUUGAAAGAUCUGGAGCUUACAUUUAUAUUUUGGUUAAUAUCUUUAAACAAAUUAUACCUUUCUUGAUUUUUAUUCUAGUGGUUGUCCUUGGAUUUGGUCAUGCUAUGUUCGUUUUACUUAAUGAUACUGCAAACAUAGACAUUAAACCUGAUGGUUCCUCUUUUACAAUCACACCUACUGAUUCUGAUUCAGAUCAACCAUUACCAUAUAAUGUGGAACAAUUUAUUAAUGUGGAUAGUAAAUCAGAUAAUUUUUACACAAAUUUUAUUAAAUCUGUUGAAUCGGUUUUCUUUUGGACUGGCGGUCGUUGGGAUCAAUUAGAACAAUGGGAGUUUUGGCCAGUAGAUGUUUAUUCUAUUAUUGGUAGUAUCCUUCUCGUUACAAUUUUACAGAAUAUGUUGAUUGCGAUCAUGACUGGUGCAUAUGAAGAUGCAAAAGAAAUUGGUAGACAUGCAGUAUUAGAAUAUCGAGCCGAAUUGAUCGAAGAUUAUGAAACGGUCGAAAAACCUCUUGGAAAUAAAAGAGGAAAUCCUCGUUAUAUAUAUUAUAUUGGAAAAUCAGAUUAUAUUGAAGAAUGGUUAAGAAAAUCUGAGAAAGCAAGAAAAAAUCAUGAGAAUUUCUUAUCAAAAGUUGAUGACAAAAAUCCUUGGGAUGAUGAUGAUGAUGACGACGAAGAAGAAGAUGAUGAUAAUGAAGGAGGAGGAUAUCAUUAUCAAGAUCUUUCUACUGAGACUGAUUCUACUGCAUCACCAAGAAAAGAACAAGAAAUUCCAUUAUCAUUAUAUUGGUUUGUUGAUGAAAAUGAUAAUAAGGAGAAAUUAUCAAAAUCAAAAUCUUCAAAUAUUUCAUCUAAAUCAACUAAUAUUAUUCAAAAUGAUGGUGAUGGUGAUGAAACAAGAUUAUUGAAAGAAAAAAUUACAUCCAUGGAAAAAGAAUUUUCUGGAAAAUUGAAUUCUAUGGAAGAAACUAUCAAAAAUUUAAUCAAUAUAAUACAGAAUCAAAAAUAA